AUGGAACUGGCGCCGUGGAAGGCAUUGAAAGGGAGACUAAUCCUGAGCGCAUGGUUCUACCGCCCUGCCAGUGACAAAGUCUUCUCUGGGGUUCAAGUGGAAUUGUCUUCCUUUGCCCACAAUGAAAUACUGUUCAUCUGCAACGGCUCUGAGAAGAAGAUGGGUAGAAACUGCUGCUUUGGCCAAGAGGCACAGGAGAUGCUCUGCACACACCCACCCUUCAGUGCCCGAAAGCUCCAUGUGGAAGGCAGGGGUGGGAGCGUGCGACGGGAGGGCGCCGUCCGCCGUCUGUCCCUGCCUCACGUUUGCCCUCUUCUCUGCAGCAACAACAACCCGUACGCGUCGUUCGGGGCCACGCUGGCGCGGGACGAGGAGCAGAACCUGUGGAGCACCCCCCACGACGUGACGCACACCGAGGCGGACGACGACCGCAUCCUCUACAACAUGAUCGUGGUGAGGAACCAGCUGGACACGGACUCGGAGGAAUGGCAAAAGCUCAAUUACGAUAUUUAUACCUUACGACAAACCCGAAAAGAAGUGAGAAGCAGGUGGAAACACAUUUUGGAAGACUUAGGUUUCCAGAAGGAAGCAGACUCCCUGUUAUCGGUGACGAAGCUCAGCAUUAUCAGUGAUUCUCAGAACAUGGGCAAAGCCCGGGAGAUCCUGCUAAAGCUCUCUGAAGAGACAAACAUCUUCCCAACCAGCUGGGAGCUUUCUGAGCGGUACCUCUUUGUGGUGGACCGGCUGAUAGCCCUUGAUGCCGCAGAUGAGUUCUUCAGGAUGGCCAGCGUGGUGUAUCCCAAGAGACCCAGUGGGGAAAGAGCGGAUGACAGUCAGAAGGCAACACAACACAUCUCUGUGAUGCCCUGAGGAGAUAGCCUCGCAAACGCAGCAUGGAUGGUGGGUUCCUUCCCUCCUGGCAUCUGGCUCCUCUGCCAAGCGGUUAGUACAGUAGAGCCAUUCCUUGUUUCCCUUCAGAGAAGCGAGCAGGCCGGCUGGAGCUGAGCGCAAC